AUGAAUUCGUGUUCCAACAAAUGGCUCAGCGUGACGUAUUUCACGGAAUGUCUCGGAUGUUUUCUAUCAUUUCUGAUGAAUGCGAUCUUUUUGAGUUUGCUGUUCAAGAAACAGAAGACGCCGUUUGGAAACUACCAAUAUUUGAUGGCGGCUUUUUCGGGAAUCGGCAUGUUCUACUCUCUCUGUAGUUUCUCGAUCAAACCAAAUUUCUAUGUAACCGAAAAUUAUUUCAUCAUUUUCACGGUUUUCAACAAUUUGAUACUUCCAAAGAGUCUCGGGUCAAUUUCACUUGCAAUCUACGGUUCCUGUUAUGCAAUGAUGUUAUUCCUUAUCACGAUCCAAUUUUACUAUCGCUUCACAUCCGUCAGUGAUCCUGUGUCAUUAGCUUGUCGCUUUUCCUUAAAAGCCUUGGCUUUCUGGGCUCUACUCGUCAUCUUGUUUUCUGGACUCUUUGGAUCUUUGAGUUAUAUCCUAUACGGACCGAAUGUCAACAAGGAUUCGCAAUUGUCGCAAGAUUUUCUAAAGACGUAUUGCCUGUAUUCGGAUGAAUACGUGUACAUCGGCCCUCAGUAUUCCUUUCACAACAUGGAAAACAAAAGAAUAUAUCACAUCUUAUCAAUUGGUGGUAUUUGUAUCACAGCAAUUAUGAUGUGGGCAACUUUUUUGAUCGUUGUUUACUUCAUAUAUCGCAUCUACAAAGUCAUGGCUGAGCGUGGUCUACCGUUCUACGCAUCGAAAAAACUCCAAAGGCAACUUUUCAAGACGUUGAUUCUACAAAGUCUAAUCCCAAUCAUGUGCAUGUAUAUUCCAUUGACAUUCAUGUUUGUGUUCUCAAUGUUUGGUGUUGGAAGUGGAUCGGUUGCCAAUCUAAUCUCAAUGUUUGCGGCUAUUUAUCCGAGUUUGGAUCCUCUUUUGGCAAUGUUGUGCAUAAAGUCGAUGAAGGCUAGAAUUAAGAAUAUCAUAUGCUGCUCCAGAAACCGUCGGGUACAGAUCGAUGUUGUGGACACUGACUACGUAGAUAUGAGAGUUGUUUACGCUUUGCAAGACAUAUCAGUACGUAACGGAGAUGCGGUUGCUUGA